UUUCCCCAUACCCUAAACAAAUCAACAAAUUACUCCCUAAGCUCAAGUUUUUAGACGUUUAUGUUCCCCUUAUUGGGGAUCUCAACAAAGAGAUCUCACUCAAAACAAAACUAAACUUCAUAAAACCCAAAACUUCUAUUUUCUUUCCUCACCACUAUGGAUACAUUAGCCAAACACCUUAAAAUCCAACAAGAAACUAACACAAUCACCUCUCAAUUGCAACAACAACAACAACAACCAUCAUCUAUGAAUUACCACACUUCUUCUACAAACAACUCCGACUUCACAAUAGCAAUAGUAACAUUAGCCAUUAUGGCAAUAGCCAUUUUACUAGUAAGCUACUACAUCUUUGUGAUCAAGUGUUGCUUGAAUUGGCAAAACCUUGAUCCCUUAAGAAGGUUCUCCCUUUCUAGGGCCACUCGACGAAACGACGAAACCUCCAUCAUCUCCUUCUCCCCGAUGGUGGAUCCGAUCCACCAUCGAGGACUUAAUGAGUUUCUCAUCAACAACAUCCCGGCAAUACAAUACAAGUCUAACAACAACAACAACAACAAUGCCUUAAUAAGUAUUGAAGGAAGCAAAAGCUUUAGAGGUUGUGCAGUGUGUUUAAAUGAAUUUGAAGAGAAAGAAAUGCUUAGAGUUCUUCCUAGAUGUAAUCACACAUUUCAUUUAGAUUGUAUUGAUGUUUGGCUCUUAAACAAUGCAAGUUGUCCACUAUGUAGGUCAAGUAUUUCAGGAAGAACUAAAUACCCUCUUGAUCAUAUCAUUGCACCAAGUUCUUCACCACAAGAAUUAAUCUCACCUUUGUAUAGUGGAAGAUUAAGCAUGAUUAAUGUUAAUGGAGAUCAUCAAGAUUAUUUAGUCAUUGAGAUAGGAGAAGAUGAAACAGAUAUUAGUAGUAGUAUUACUUUACAGAGGAAAACAGAACAACAACAACACAAGAAUAAGUUGUUGGCUAGGAAGUUGCACAAUUUCUCUAUUAUGGGAGAUGAAUGCAUCAACUUAAGGCAUAAAGAUGAGCAAUUCGAAGUCGAAAAGCCGAUUAGGAGAUCGUUUUCCAUGGAUUCAGCUGCUGAUCGUGGGUUAAUCUUGCAAGUGCAAGAGAUUGUAAGGCAAAAUCAUAUGCAAUUAUGUGCUAAUAACAAUGAGGUUAGUAGUACUAGUACUAGUAGUAGUAGUAUUACACAUGAAGAGUGUAAUAAUAAUGUUAGUAAUGGAAGGGUUAGAAAAUCAUCUUUUUUUUCUUUUGGGCAUGCUCGUAGAUCUAGAAGUUCUUCUAUUAUACCUAUUGAAUGUGAUCAAUGAUGAUGAUCCAUGAACAAAUUUUGUUCAA